AGAUUUUUCAUAAACAAUAAAUUACUAGUACUAAUUUUUAUUGUUCCCACUCUCUUUCUCCCGUUGUCCCCUUUCACUCUCGGCACUCUUCAGUAUCAGUAAAACAGUCUCUCUCUCUCUCUCUCUCUCUCUCUCUCUCUCUCUCUCAAUCCAGAAAUUCAGCACACUGCACACCAUAUCUUUCUCUCUCUCUCUCUUAGCUUCACCCACGUCGCCCGCACCAUCUCACACCAAUCUCUCCUUCUUCGCCAACUCGCCGAAAUUCAAGCGCCGGCGCGAGGUGCUGCUCGCCGUCCGAGUGUCGCUGCCUCCGUGAGCUUAGACCGCCGCUGUGUGCGCAACAAUUCCCUAACUCAAAAUUCUAGAGCCCUAAAUUUUGCAGGUUUUUAAGUUAGUUUUCUCUUUGGGGCGGAAAGGAAACCCUGCCGGAGUUUAAAUGCUCCAACAACCAUCGAUUGGUGCUUUUGUGCCAUGGACUCCACCAAACGGGGGUGCUUCACUAGGUCCGGUAGAAAUUAAGACGUAUGAUACUCCAGUUCCAAGAUCAAUUUUCCAUGGACAAAAGUUUCAGGUUCGCCUUGUGUGUACCAAUACUAAUUCCAGAUUGAGACCAGAAAUAUUCUGUUGCGGAUAUAGAAGGACUAACUAUCGUCGUGGCGUGAGGAAGCAUGAGAUAUUACCCCAGAAUGUGGAUCUUCCACCAGUAUUGCCAAAGAAGAAGAAGAAGCCCUUUCCCAUUCCUCUAAAGAAGAUUCAGGAAGCAGCAAGAGAAGAUAAGAGGCUUGCACAAAUGGGGAUUGAGAAACCCCUCGAGCCUCCAAGAAACGGAAUCCUCGUACCUGACCUGAUACCAGUGGCUUAUGAAGUACUUGAUGCUUGGAAAGUUUUAAUCAGCGGACUAGCGCAGCUUUUGCACGUUGUUCCAGUCCAUGCUUGCAGUGAGUGCUCAGAAAUUCAUGUUGCCCAGAUUGGUCACAAGAUUCAAGAUUGUCAUGGCCCAACAAGUGGAAGCCGCAGAAGUUACCAUUCGUGGAUAAAGGGUUCCAUCAACGAUGUCCUCACCCCCAUCGAGUCGUACCAUAUGUACGAUCCAUAUGGCCGGCGAAUUAAGCACGAAACCAGAUUCAGCUACGACAGGAUUCCUGCGGUAGUUGAGCUCUGCAUCCAAGCCGGCGUCGAAUUGCCAGAAUAUCCUUCAAGAAGGAGAACAGAACCAAUCCGAAUGCUCGGUAAAAAAGUUAUCGACAUCGGUGGAUAUGUUGACGAGCCUACACCCUUCCAACCGGGUAGUCCAGGGUCGCAGAUAGUUGAGCUCGACACCUACCAGGCCCUGGAGCGGUUCCCUCCCCCUACGGAGCAGGAGGUCCCUAGGGUCGCACAGGCGACCAUCAAUGCGUACGAGAAGGUCAGAUGGGGCGUGACGAAGCUGAUGAGGAAAUACAGAGUCAAGGCGUGCGGGUACUGCUCGGAGGUGCACGUGGGGCCGUGGGGCCACAACGCGAAGCUCUGCGGAGAGUUCAAGCAUCAAUGGAGGGACGGGAAGCACGGGUGGCAAGACGCAACGGUUGACGAGGUGUUCCCGCCGAAUUACGUGUGGCAUGUGGAAGACCCGAAAGGGCCUCAGUUGAAGAGCGCGCUCAAGAGUUUCUAUGGCAAGGCUCCGGCGGUGGUAGAGGUGUGCGUGCAGGCGGGUGCCCGUGUGCCUAACAAGUACAAGCCGAUGAUGAGGGUUGACAUUGUGGUGCCAGAAGAUAAUGAGGCUCGCUUCGUUGCGUAGCCACUCCCAAUACUUUGCAUGCAUUUUUGUCGAAUCUCCCCUUGCUUCCCCGUGAGCACCUUGAGCGAUCCCAUCCUGCUCAUCGACAGCGCAAACUGGCGCCUCAAGUGCUCGAAGGCGCCCGCGUAUUCGAGCGCGAGCUGCGUGGUGUUGUAGUUGCGGAGCAGAUCUUGAUCCACCUUCAAUACUGCGCUGUUGCCUACCACGUUCACGUAGUAGGUGUUGCUGAACUUGUACUGCUCGCCAUUUUUGUCCGUCAAGAACACCGUGGGGUCUUUCUGCCCCUGCUUGAGGGAUUUGGGGCAUUGCUUUCGUAGUUUGUCGAGCUCGGAUUUGCUCAUGGAGGGGUCGGCUUUGCCGGUGUUGUUCAAGUUGUAGAGACGCCCAUUCACAUUGGCGCAGUGCGUUUUUCCCAUCGUGUGCGCUCCUGACCAAGACUCCUUUUUAUUAGUAUGUAAUAUAACAAUAUAUUCAUCCUUUUCGAAAUUAAUUUCUUGUUCAUAUA